AUGUUAAUGGGUUGUGUAUCCACAAUAACGCGUUCUGAUUCCUCUCUAAUCAUCUUCAACAACUUGCGAAUAACACAAAGCCGCAGCAUCACCUUCAACACUCUGUACUCCAAGGGAGACGUACAUUUCAUUGAGUGCGAUUCCGAUAAAUUUGAAUCACAGGUUGGUGUCGGAAGUGUCGUAUGCUGCGAAAGAUAUAGCGAACUCGCGAAUAUCAUAAUUCCGCUACCACGAGUCGAUCGUCGUUCACGCUGCGAUCGUGGAGUAACCUACAUCAUAAAGAAGCAAGACCUGUACUGCGAUACGCUUAUUGCUUGGUCUGACCACCACGUUGAUGUUGCCAUAUACUAA